AAAUCGGCCGCUCUUCCUCCCCAUUUUUUUCUCGAGCCCAUCCGCCGCCAGACAAGGGGCAAGCGAGCGAAAAUCGAAUGGCUCCCAUCUUCGCCGCGGCGUCCCACGCGUCCCUCCUCCCCCUCUCCCACGUCGACCGCCCCGCCGCCGGCCGCCUAGUCCGUGGCACUCUCAGGCCCCACACCUCGGGCCUCCGCUUGCGCCGCCCCCCGGGGGCAACCGGGCGCGGCCGCGGGCGUGGCCGAGGAGGCAUCCCCGACGAGUGGGGCGAGCGUUCGCCGCCAGGCGCCCCCGAGGCCCCCGCGCAGCCCGAUCCGCUCAUCGACGACGAGGACGACUCCGCCGACGGCAACUCACGCCCUAUCGUCGUCGACGAGUGGGGCGAGCCCGGGGCGCCCGAGCCCGAGCCGCCCUCCGCCGCGGACCCGCCUAGCCCCGCCGCAGACGACGAGUGGGAGGAGGAGCCAGAGGCGUCGGUGCCGGACCCGACCCCGGCUCCGGCGGCGGCGGAGGAGGACGAGCAGGCGGUGAAGAGGGAGGAGCUCAAGCGCUGCUUGGUGGACACGGUGUACGGCUCCGACCUCGGCUUCCGGGCGUCCACGGAGGUCAGAGGGGAGGUCGUCGAGCUAGUCACCCAGCUCGAGGCGGCUAACCCUACUACGGCGCCCGUCGAGACAUCGGAUCUCCUCGACGGCAACUGGAUCCUCAUAUAUACAGCAUAUUCCGAGCUUCUGCCUAUUCUAGCUGCUGGGGCAACACCUUUGGUCAAAGUAAAGCAGAUAUCCCAAGAAAUUGACUCCAAAAGCAUGACGAUAGUCAAUGCUUCAACCCUUACGACUCCAUUCGCAUCAUUUUCAUUCAGCGCAACUGCCUCUUUUGAGGUUCAAAGUCCGUCAAGAAUAGAGGUCCAAUUUAAGGAGGGGAGCUUUCAGCCUCCGGUAAUAUCAUCAUCUGUGGAUCUACCUCAACAAAUUGAUAUAUUUGGGCAGAAGAUCAGCCUGGGGCCAGUCCAGCAGGCACUGAAUCCAUUGCAGCAAGCAUUUGCUAGCAUUGCAGGGUCCAUUUCUGGGCAGCCACCCCUCAAGGUACCGAUUCCCGGCAACAACAGAGCUCGAUCCUGGCUCUUGACUACCUACCUGGACAAAGACUUAAGGAUCUCGAGAGGUGAUGGAGGCUUGUUUAUUCUUGCGAAAGAGGGGAGCCCUUUGCUAGAUCUAUUGUAAAUCUGGUGCUAUUAUUUUUUAAUCUUUGUAGUAUUUGGCAAUUUGUCUACCAAUGAAUUGCAGACUGGGGCCAAUCCAGCAGGUACUGUUGUACUUCAGCAAGCUGCUGGGUACUUUUCGAAACGGAACCUUCUCUUUUGUCUGGGGGUUUUGGAAUUCGUCAACGCUAGGAGAGGGGCAUGAUUACUGUAUAGCAAGGGGAGAUGGUAUACUACUGUGUUUGGGAAAA